UCUCAGGACCCUGGCUGGGAUCACGCCCUGAUCCAAAGGCAGACGCUUAAGGACUGAGCCACCCAGGCGCCCCACAUGAAUACUAUUUUUUGUAUUCAUCUAUGUAGUUACCUUUAGCGUGUGCUUUAUUUCUUCGUGUUGAUUGCAGUUAUUAUUUAGUGAAGCUUAAAGCACUUAUUCAGCAUUUCUUCUAGGGAAAACCCAGAUUAUGAGAGGAACAUUUACUCUAAAAGAAGAACAGAGACACCCUCUGAGAAUAGUUGAUCAAGUAAACAUGAGAGUGAAUUUAUAAGGAGAGUUCAGGGCAUUCAUGGCUCAAUCACUGGAUUUUCUUGAUGACAGGGACUCCAAGUUAAUUUGUUCAGGACGACAAGGGAAGUGUAUAGGCAGUGUGGCUGUAUUGAAGGAUUGAAGUUGUACCUAAGAGUUAUGUGAGACAGAACUGAGACACGACUAGAACUGCACCCACUUCCGCAACUCCACCACCCAACUAGGAAUUCAUCCCACGAUGCUGGGUAUUGAUUAUCCUGGGCUGCUUAGAAACGAAUUCUUCCAUAGGGUCACUGCAGUACCCGGUACAGCCGUCCGGCCUAUUCGCCCUGUAGGGGGCGCUCUGUGGAGGGAGGUGGAUCCCAGCAGGCCUUGCGCGGUGACUCAGAAGUCGUUUCUGUGACGUGUAACACCGUCGCCUGGUAGCGGUUGGUGUGGUGAGGGAAUCUGCUUUACUCUUUCUGAGGAAAGUGAGGUAGAGAAGAAAGAGGCUGAGAAGGAGGGCAGGACUGGAAAGUGACUUUGUAGGACUGAGCGGGGAAGUGAGGGGUGGACCUUUACUGGCGGCAGCGGGGGUGGUACCGCCUGUGAGACAGUUGGUUAACUAGGCCGCAGCAGCCAUGGCGCUUGAACCUGGGGACCACGCCAGCGGGUUCCGCCACGCUGAGGUGAUCAGUUUCAUCAACAACGAAGUCCUCGUGAACGGCGGCGGCCCAGAUUUCUAUGUGGCCUUCCGCUCACGGCCCUGGAAUGAGAUAGAGGACCGGCUUCGGACCGUUGUGGUCGACCCGCAGGUGCCGUGCACCAUCAAAAGGGCCUGUGCCUGGAGCGCGCUGGCUUUGGGUGUGCGUGUGGCUGCAAGGCAGCGGGAGCAGCAGGCGCGCCGGAUCCGGAGGCUGCGGGAAUGGGUAGAGGAACGCGAGACAGCUGCCUGGGCUCUGGCCUCAGAGCUACAGCGGCUGCGUGAGGAUCGAGAGGAAGCGGCCUCGCAGUUGCGCUUCACACGGGCCGCCCUGCACCAGGCGCUGAUCGAGCGUGAUGUGCUUCGUGGGCGGCUGCACCACAUGGAAAGGUCAGCCCAGGUCAUCCCGCUGGCCCCUGAAAUACCGCCUGGGCCUCGAGCCGAGCAGUUUGGGACUAUAGCAUGGCCCCUGAGUGCUGAGCAGCAGAGAGAUGUGGUUGCCAUGGGGUUUCCUAGUAGGCUGUAUUUUGAAGCCCAGGUGCCACCCCCGGCAGCUGUUCUUUACGUGCCAGGACCCCCAGGUCCCUGGGCUCAGGCCAUACAACCCCCUCUGCCAAUGCCGGUGCCAUACCCACUUCCAUUCCACGCGCCGCUCCCAGUGGGAAUCCCUUUCUUGCCACCUCUGCCACCACCAGCAGUCAUGGAUGCAGAAGCUGCAGUAGUCCCACUUCAGAUGCCUCCUGUGGGGAUCUACCCCCCCGGUGCAUGUGCUGCAGUGGGCUUCCAGGAGGAGGUGGCCCCCCCGUGGGACCAAAGUGGCUACAGCCAGGAGGGAGGUCCUGAGAGCCUCCAGAGUACAGUCCCCCUGGGGAACACCAGAAACCUUAGCCAGGAAGGUUUAGAGAGGCCUCAGGGGAUGGUCCCCAUUACGGAUAGCUGGAGCCAAAGCCAGAAAGAAGGUCCAGAGAGGGCCCAGGGGACGGUUCCCCUUGGGGAUAGCUUGACCCAUAACCAGGGAGCAGAUCAAGGGACACCGCAGGGGACGAUAUCCCUUGGGGACAGCUGGAGCCAGAGCCAGAAAGAAGGUCCAGAGAAGGCCCAGGAGGUGGUCCCCUCUGGGGAGAGCCAGAGCCAGAGCCAGAGCCAGAAAGAAGGUCCAGAGAAGGCCCAGGAGGUGGCCCCCUCUGGGGAUAGCCAGAGCCAGAGCCAGAAAGAGGGUCCAGAGAAGGCCCAGGAGGUGGUCCCCUCUGGGGAUAGCCAGAGCCAGAGCCAGAAAGAGGGUCCAGAGAAGGCCCAGGAGAUGGUCCCCUCUGGGGAUGGCCAGAGCCAGAGCCAGAAAGAGGGUCCAGAGAAGGCCCAGGAGAUGGUCCCCUCUGGGGAUGGCUGGAGCCAGAGCCAAAAAGAAGGUCCAGAGAAGGCCCAGGAGAUGGUUCCCUCUGGGGAUGGCCAGAGCCAGAGCCAAAAAGAGGGUCCAGAGAAGGCCCAGGAGAUGGUUCCCUCUGAGGAUGGCCAGAGCCAGAGCCAGAAAGAGGGUCCAGAGAAGGCCCAGGAGAUGGUCCCCUCUGGGGAUGGCCAGAGCCAGAGCCAGAAAGAGGGUCCAGAGAAGGCCCAGGAGAUGGUCCCCUCUGGGGAUGGCUGGAGCCAGAGCCAAAAAGAAGGUCCAGAGAAGGCCCAGGAGAUGGCCCAGGAGAUGGUCCCCUCUGGGGAUGGCUGGAGCCAGAGCCAAAAAGAAGGUCCAGAGAAGGCCCAGGGGAUGAUCUCUUCUGGGGAUGGCUGGGGCCAGAGUCAGGAAGGUCUAGACAGUCCCCAGGGGUUGGUCCCCCUUGGGGAUAGCUGUAGCCUCAGCCAGGAAGAUUCAGAGAGAUCCCAGGAGAUAGUUACCCUUGUUGCCAGCCAGGAAGAGGAUCCAGACACUCGCCAGGAGAUGCUACCCCUGGGAGCCAGUGAGAGCCACAGCCAGGAAGAAAGUCCAAAAAGACCCCAAGUGAUGGUCCCCCUUGGUGCCAGCAGAAGCAACAGCCAGGAAGAAGAUCCAGAGGGGCCUCAGGAGAUGGUGUCCCUGGGGGCCAGUGGGAACCACAGCCAGAAAGAUGAUCCAGAGGGGCCCCAGGAAGUGGUACCCCUGGGGGCCAGUGGGAGCCAGAGCCAGGAGGAAGGUCCAAAAACCCCCCAAGGCCAAAGUAUGGCCCCUCUGGGAGACAACAGUAGCCAAAGCCAGGAGGAGGAUCUGGAGAGGCCCCAGGGGUCCAGUCCCCCAGGGGACAGUAGAAGUGACAGCCAAGAAGAAGGUCCACAGAGGCCCCAGGCGACCCCCGUGGGGGAUGGCUGGAGCCAAGGUAUGAGGGAAAAUCCAAAGAAACAGCAGCCUCAGGGGCUGAAGGCCAAGCAACCAAAAGGGAAAAAAGCUUUGGAUUCCCAGCACCAGAAGUCUGUCUCAGGAUGCAGUCCAGUGAAUUGGGAUUGCCCAUGGUGUAAAGCCAUGAAUUUUUCAUGGCGCAAGGCCUGCUAUAAAUGCAAAAAAGUCUGUGUGGCAGGUGAGAGUAGAGGCCUGGACCCAGGACAAAUUCACUGAUUUCAAGAAGGUAAGUAAGAAUGAAAACACUCUAAAGAAAAACCAAUUUCCAGACCCUCUUCUAAUAAAAAAGUAACGUACUUGCUUCACAGAAAUUUGAAAACUAAAAUUAUAAUAGAGAAAAUUAAAUAAAACAAUCCAUUAUUCCAUUACCGAAACUAACAACUUUUCAUCAUUAUGGGUAUUACAUAUGUAAAUACACUCCUUUCUGGUUUCUUAUUAACCUCCUUUUCCUGAAAAUGCCAUCCAUGUCUUUGGCUGGGAAUAGCCAUGUAGUUUUUGAAUUAUAACUAUAUUGAAUUUUAGGAGCACUGCUCUUCCUUCAAAAUGCUAUUGUUCCUUUGUAAACUACAGUGUUCAUGUUUGCUUCUUGUUUUUAAGUUUUAUAGGUGAGGGCCUGUUUUUGUGUCUGAGCCCCACAGAACUUGUUUGUUGCUGAAGAAGCUGAACCCGUCCCAUAAGAAGAUCUCCCAAGAGUCUAAAGAAAUCACACCUUGAUUCCAGCUGACCUGCACUUCACUGAGACCCCCAUUGACUGGAGCUGAGAAGAGGAGUGAGAGAAAGUCAGGGAACAAAAGAUGCUCUGACACUCAUUAAGGGGGAAAGGAGGGCAAAACAAUUUUGUUAGAAUAUAAUUUCUCUGUUGGGAUUAAUUUGGAAGAGUUGGGGGGUGUUGCAGUAUUAAAUUCUAUAGAUGAUAGCAAAUUUGAUGGAUUACAUUUAAUUCAUUAAACAAAUAGUUAUUGUCUAGUAUGUGUUAGGAGCUAGACUUAUAUGUUAAUAUCUGGUACACACAUUAUUAAUUGAUUUGGUGAGUUUUGUUAGAUAACAGGAGAGAGCCUAAUUUGGGAUACAAAUUAUAUGAGGAGGAUGUCUUUGCCUUGCAUACAGCAUGGUUUUCUGGUAAACCCAAUCGAAAUGACAUCAAGAUAUAUAUUUUUAAAGAUUUUAUUUAUUUAUUUUUGAGAAAGAGAACAAAGCAGGGGAGAGAGGCAGAGGCAGAAGCAGACACCCAGUUGAGCAGGGAGCCCGAUGCGGGGCUCAAUCCCAGGACCCUGGGAUCAGGAGCUGAGCCGAAGGCAGGUGCUUUACCCACUGACGCAUCCAGACGCUCCACAUCCAGAUAUUUUUGCAGUUCCGGGAGUAACAUCAGGGACUUUCAUGAAAGGACUUGAGUCACUGAAUUGCUCAUCUCACUGUUCACAGGUGACUUAAAGAAGGACAGUACUUGAGGGCGUGUUGGCUACACACUCGAUCCCUCAGCUCUGGGCCACUACCAUCCCAAGCUCCUUUCCAGUCAAGAUGGAUGAAGAGCAAAAUGAUUCCAAGGGCAGACAUCGUGCUGUGGAUGGUGCUUCUCGAACAAGAUCAAAAAAGAACUGGACUGGGACAAGCACUUUUGGGAAUGUUCUCUUCCAUUUGGUGUGUUCUCCGCAGGCUCUCUGCUCCCCCGAGGCAGGUGGAGCCCAGGGGUGGGAAGUUAGAUGGUCUCCAGCAUGAACCGAAGUGUUCUCGAGUUCCCCUGUGAAAUCCCGGCUCACCAAGCUCAGCCUGUCAGAGGUGUCCUGAGGCUAAUAAUAAAGAGUGUGC